AGGCACUGCAGCAACCAGAUCUCAUUUGAGUACGUUGCAGGCUCAGAGGCACCAUGGGGGAGAAGCUCAGAGAAGGUCUAAAGCAGAAUUUCGUUGCCAAGGAUUACUUAACGACAUACGUGUCUGUUGGGUCUGGUGGCCCUCCAACCUGUGGUACGAUCUACGCUUCUGCUGUGGACAAGCUUCACAAGACAUUCAGUAAAGGUGGCAUCCGAGGGGACACCCUGAUUGACAUUGGAAGUGGGCCUACCAUCUACCAGCAUGUGUCCGCCUGCGAAUAUUUCAAAGAGAUCAUUGCCAGCGAUUUCCUCGAACAGAACCGGGAGGAGAUUAAAAAGUGGCUGAACAAGGAUCCGGACGCAUAUGACUGGUCCCUGGUACUGCAAUAUGUCUGCGAGCUGGAAGGAGACAGGGAGAAGUGGAGGGAAAGGGAAGAAAAGCUCAGGAAGACCAUCAAGCAAGUCCUUCCAUGUGAUGCCACCCUGACCAAUCCUUUCGACCCGCUGGUGAUCCCGCCGGCCGAUUGCCUCCUCUCCACUUUUGCUCUGGAAGUGGCUUGCAAGGACCAUUCUGUCUACCGCUCAGUCGUGAAGAAUCUGGGUGCUUUGGUCAAACCUGGGGGUCACCUCAUUUUUGCUGCGACUCUUGGAGUCAGCUUUUGGAUGGUUGGCUCAUGCAAGUUUGAUUGCCUUGCCCUGACACCUGAGUUAGUUGAAGGUUCCGUGAAAGAGGCUGGCUUUGAAGUUCUGUCGUGUGAGAGCCUUGGGUUUACUUUCCCCCCAGAUGUCUGUGAUGCAUAUGACUCACUCUUUAUAGUGGCCCGGAAGCCUAAUUAAACCCAGUGAGUUAAUGAGAUAGAAACUCACCAUAGAAAAGCCAAAAAAGAUGCCCAUUCUCUUUGAUCUCUAGUUUAGGAACACACAAACAGGUAGACCAAGCCAUGCCAAAGUAACUGGUGGAUCCCAUGUCUAUGGAGUGGGAACCAACUCUAGGUUUUAACCCAGAUCCUAAAGGAACUAUCCAAGGUGCUGAACUUUAUUCCUAAAUAGCCCCAGUACCUCGGAGAGCUCCUUUAUAACCAGUCUAAACUUGGAAGGAUUCACCCCUCUUUUGAAUGGAAACCACAAGCCACACGUUAGUGUCAAUUGCUAUUUUGGGCACUACAACUCUCAUAGUAUGCCAGUGCUAUGAUGGCUUGGGGAUUCAAGAUAUUGAAGCCUUUCUAAAAGUAACACAUUCCCAAAAACUAUGUCAAGAGGGAGAAGAAAGCCCAUUUCCUUUACCUAGAAUGUUCCAAGAAGAAAUCAAGCUCAACUCAAGCAACUAUCAACCCAUCAAAGUAGUAUUUGAAACAAAAAUCAAAAUAAAAUCACAAA